AUGUUCAUCUUGACUGGUUCAAAGGCUACAGCAGGGCCACAUAACCUAGAGUUGAAGUACAGGAGUAAGGAAUGGUACCUAGAGUCGGCGAGCUUCCCGGAUAUCGUGCAUCUUAUCGGAAAACUUCCGAAAGGCAGUGGAAGUUCCUUGAUCCGGGUCUGCAGCGGUUGGGAAUGCUGGUGCAGUACUUACCGGCCACUGCAGCACCUCAGUGACUACGAUGCAUACCAACUAUUGGAAGUGAACCUUCUAGUCAGUGCCCUGACGGGAGGUGGAGUAGUACUUGCAUUGGGUCUUGGCUACAGUCGUUUGAUGAUCUAA